AUGGAUUCCGACGCUGGCUCCACCUGCAGCCGCUCCUCAUCUCCAGACCUGGUGGUGGACGACUCCGCUGGGAGCUUCUUCUCCAACAAGAUGUUCCAGAGAUACUGCCAGGAGAGCAGAGGAGACAGCGAGGCCGGCCAAGACGGGACAGAGCGCUGCAACGGGGGCGGAAAGACCAAAACCAGAUCUGAGCUGAGCAAGGAAGAGAUGCAAGACCUGAGGCUGAAAGUCAACAGUCGGGAGAGGAAAAGGAUGCAUGACCUGAACCAGGCGAUGGACGGCCUGAGGGAGGUGAUGCCGUACGCUCACGGACCUUCAGUCCGCAAGCUGUCAAAGAUCUCCACCUUGCUGUUAGCUCGAAACUACAUCCUCAUGCUGUCCAGCUCUUUGGAGGAGAUGAAGAAGCUGGUCGGGGAUGUUUAUGGAGGCGGCGCUGCUGUCCAGAGUCGCACCGCUCCUCAUCCCACGAUUUCUCCUGCAGCCACAGCUGCCCAUCUCCCUCUGCAUCCUCUGGCCCAGUCCCUGCACUCUCUGGUGGGCAGCACACCUUCAUCUCUCCAGCAUCACUCAUCUUCUCCUUCUUCAGCCCCAGCUCCACACUCCCCUCCAACAGCCAGCUUCCUGGGUUUUCACGCUCCAGUCCAGGGCCUUCUGAAGGACCCCCUCCACCUGACCAGCUCAUACAGGCACUUCCCCGGCAUGCCCUGCCCCUGCUCACUGUGCCAGCCUCUGCCCACCACCACCUCCACAUUACACAGCCUGUCUAUGAACAAGUGA